AUAAAGCAGCAUCGAAAAUGGCGGAUAAAGAGAAGAAAAAGAAGGAAAGUAUAUUCGAUUUGUCGAAAUACAUCGACAAACAUAUCAGAGUAAAGUUCCAAGGAGGCCGUGAAGCUAGUGGUGUCUUAAAAGGCUUUGACCCACUGUUAAAUCUUGUGUUGGAUGGCACCAUUGAAUACAUGCGAGAUCCUGAUGACCAGUAUAAAUUAACGGAAGACACAAGGCAGCUCGGUCUGGUUGUGUGUCGAGGGACGUCGGUUGUGCUUAUCUGUCCACAGGACGGGAUGGAAGCCAUUCCAAACCCAUUCAUUCAACAGCAGGAUGGAUAAAAUAGACACGAAUGUACAAAAACAAACAGACACAAGUUGUUUUCCUGCGUUGUGUAGAUGUUUUUUUUUGCUAGGCCUGAAAUAAUGGAUAGUGAUGUCACACUGAUUACAUUUCUUUUUGCAUUUUGUAUUUAGACCCGGGAUGAAUUUUUUUUGUUGGUAUUGUUCCAGCAAUUUAUGUGUAUGUUGAUUAUGGUGAAAUAUGUGACAUGUUUACCGUUUAUGAAAAUGGGCACAUAGUGUUCCUCUGGUUCUGAAGUUAAUUUGGACAUUAAUAAACAUCUGGGAUUUCAUCAUUUCUGAUUUAAACAAAAACAAUGUUUACGACUGUGUGGAUCCCAUUGGCUUGCUUUUGUUUUACCUUUUAAGAAAGCUUUUGUAGACAUUCAAAUUGUUAAGACAUUGACAGCAUUAUAUGUGCUUAAUGCAAACUGUAUUUAGAGUGGCUUAGGUUCGAAAAACAACCAGACGCCUUCAGAUAACAUUCUCGUUUACCUUAAUGGUGUCCCCUCUGUUCAAAAUACACAAUACUAAUACCUGUUCAACUGUAAAGAUUCAAUUCUGGGAUGCUUCUUCAUUUUGGGGAAUGUUUUUUCUACGUGUAUCAAGUUGUAUAAUAGCAUAAAAAGGACUGGGUUUACAUUAGAGGUCCACUGAUAUUUGAUUUUGCUGAUACUGAUUACCAAGGUGAUGGAAAAUGUCGAUAACUGAUAAAUCAUCCGAUAGUUUGUUUUAAAAAUCAAUUUAUAAAAUGAUUAUACAUUUCUUAGUCUUGCCUACCUAAGACGGGCACAGACGUUGAGGCUACAAAUGUUCAAAAUGUAUACAAUCCCAAAAGCAGUUUAGUGUGCAACCAAAGUCUCAUUAAUAUCCAGUAAAAUUAAGAUUUGGUACAUAACACCAGACUUUUAACUAUAAACAAGCCCGACAAUGUUAGUAAUUACCAAAUGAAGCUUUUUAUAGCAUAUAUAUAUAUAUAUCUCCACCAGAUGAAGAGU